AUGUCUUCCAUGUACGAGGCCUCUUUCCGCUGGCCGUACCUCGACGCCUUCAACGUCAUCGUCACUGGCUCUUUCGACAGCUGGUCACGCUCCCACUAUCUCUCCAGGUCCCCCUCGGGGUAUUUCAAGGGCUCCGUCCAGAUCCCGUGGGGCGAGAAGGUUACCUACAAGUACAUUGUGGAUGGUCGCUGGACCACUACCGAUGACCAGCCUACCGAACUGGAUCCCAUGGGCAACCUUAACAACGUCAUGCGCGCACCAGCCGCUCCUGCACCCGCACCCGCACCGGAACCUGCACCUGUACCUGUGGUCAAGAAGGAAGAGCCCAAGCCCGAGCCUACACCAGCCCCAGCUGAUGCGCCUGGUUUCGUCGAGACCGCGCGGCGUGCUGCGGUGAACAUGGUCGAGGCGAUUGCCCCCGGUACGGCGAUGACUCCCGUGCAGACCCCGAGCGUGGAGACCCCCACCGCGGGGCCGGAAGCCGCCCCCGAACCCGUCCCAGCACCCCCAGAGGUCGAGGCUACCGUCGAGGCUUCCGCGGCGGCGGUCCCCUCCGAGCCCACUGUUGUCGCUCCCAUCGUCCCUGUGCCCAUCGUGUCGCUGGGUGCUGCGCCUGAGCCGACGGUUGAGGCGGCGGCACCCGCUGACGUCAUCGAGGACAAGCAGACUGUUGUCGAGGAGACCACUACCGCACCAACCGCCGAGCCUGAGGUCAUUGUGGCGCCUGUCGUCGCUGACGAACUGCCGUCAACUCACCUCCCCGCUACCGCUGAGGCUGUCGUGGAGUCUGCGACGGACGACGUUGCGCCCGCUGAGGACAAGGCGGCCACCGUUACGUCGACUGAGGACAGGGGGACCACCAUCGCGUCCGAGUCCACGAAGGCGGACGAGCCCAAACCGGAGAAGGUCGAGGAGAAGACCCCGCCCACCAAGAACGGCGUCGACCCCAAGUACGCGACCGUCGGUUCGUCGUCCAAGAAGAUGCGUUUCCCGUCGUUCUCCUCGCGCCACUCGCGCGCGCGCUCCUCUCUCGAGUCCGGCACGACCGCCUUCACGUCGGGCGGGCUCGGGGAGAUCCCCGAGAAGGCUGCUGUCCCGAGCGCGGAGAAGAGCUCGCCGAAGAAUGGCGCUAACGGCCGGCUCGCGAGCACGCAGCGCUCCAAGCGUCGGUCUAGCUUCUUCGACAGGCUCAAGGGCGUCUUCGUGCACAAAAAGGAGGUCGCGGCGUAA